CUCUCUGUCUCCUCUGGGAAUGAAUACCUCCAUAUAAAUGUCCUGAACUGGUGACGGGCCAGGACGGGAGGUGGAGGCGGCCAUAAUUUGGUUUCAGGUGGAUGUAAUUAAAGGUUGGGGCCUCAGCGGCUUCCUCGGAGCUAAUUUGUUUAGGAAGCGGCGGUUCCCCGGUGGCAGCGGCUGACGUCGGUGGCACAGCGGAUGCUGCAGCUGCUGGCGCUGGUGGUCAUGGCAACAGGGAGGCCCACAGGUGUCCGUAUUGAUAUCUCUGUCAGGCCUGGAGCUCCCACUGUGGGCUCCAUUUACAUUUCAGCGCUGUGCAGCAGGUGCCGUUUAUCCGCUCACCUGGUCCCAUGGAGUUUAACUCGCGAUUGUAGCCGUAAUUGGACGCUAACAUGUCCACGUCAUCUGUAACAGAAAAGAACGUGGGGUCCAAGUUUAUGAUUCAGAUGAAAUUUUAGCUGAAGCGCAGCUGGCAGUUUAUGCUGUGAGGAGGAUGAUGAUGAUCCUUCCUCGCUGUGUUUCUCCGUUUCAGCUCAUCUACUGGUUGGACCGCGCGGCCACGAGGCUGCGGUGUCUUUGAGUCCAGUCGGCUCAUGGGCCUCCGACUGAGACGACAUGGACUCCCUCCAAACGACAUCCUGGCACAUGUUAGCGACAGGGAAGGACAAAUUAGAAUUGGCGUUGCUGGAAGCGUGGGAUGUCCUGCCUGGGAGCUUCCUGUGGCGUCUGUUCAAAGCUUGCGCGGACUCUUUUCUGUCUCACGGUCACCUUGCAGGAUUUCUAGGACUCCAUCAUAAAGGGCUGCUCGGUGUGAGGCGCCGGCACCGUUUCCAUCCAUGGCGGCUCUGAGCAGCUCCUGGGUUCGGCCUCCUCUGCGGUGCUUGAUAAAAGGACGCUCCGUCUGAUCCCGCGCGCGGCCGAUGCUAAUCUGUGCGCUCCCCGUGUGGCCUGAGCCCCGGCGGCGGGAUCAAAGGCCGCGGCGCCGAGCUCCGCUCCUCCGCGCAAAAUAAAUGGCUUCAGCUCCGCUGCCAAAAAUCAGGCGGAUGAGCAGGAGGCGCGUUAUCGUCUCGCACGCUGCAGGUUUUCUAAUCUCAAAGUGUAUUGACUGAUUCCUCCUGAAGAGCUGAGCUCCCCGGCUGCUCGUGCCCGUGAUAUUUUCAAAAUGCCCGAGAUGAGAUUUGAUUUCUUGGUCCCCACUUGGCCUUAAAUCACGUGUUCAAAGCCCUGUCUUCACUUCUUGUAUAAUCACACCCAUUAGGUGAAGCAGACUCCAGCCUCCGUGGCCAAAACCACACCUGUGGAUUUGGACCAUUAGCUGGAAUUAAAGCGUGGCGCGUCUUCAUUGUCUUCUGAUCAAGAGGCCGAUGAGGCUCCGUUUGGGAGCUGGUGGUGGUGCUGAUGCAGCCUGGUCACACUGGCUGGUGAUCAUCUGACGUCUGAUGGUCCUGAGUCCGUGCAUGUGACCCAGCGUCCGCUGUCCUCUGACUCCUCGCCGCCCCGACGCCUCCUUCCUUCUCCUGCUGUUUUGUGUCCGUCUGGUCGCUGCCAUUGAUUAACUCCGCAGGCCUCAUCAGAGCUUGUUAUCCCGUCACUUCGCCCAACUGUUCGAGUCAUUAACAUUUCGGUUAGUGUGCAGAAUGCUUGAGCAGGUGCUGCGCUGCUGUCAGAGAACAGAGUGAGGUGGAGACGUGAUGGAUGGAUGCGGUGAAAGCUCAACGCUGCUGCUUCUGCAGCACUGACUGAGAGCUAGUGGAGCAGCGUCAGCUGAAGGCCUCAGGGCUCGGCCCAACAACAAAGUCCACAAAGUUUUUUUUUUUUUUUUUUAAAGGAAUAAUAUUUGCGAUGAGACAGAAGCUGCUUCAUUGAACUAACUAACUGAGGUGGAAAAUGAUCCAUGAUGUUCCUGUUCCACGUUACAGAAUAACAAAGGGUGAUGUCAGACAUGAGGGAUAAUCAGUUUGAAUCAGGAGCCAGUGUUUAAUCGUUUUCUAGCUUGUAUGAGGUUAAUGAAGGUGAUUUAUUUGAACGCGGGUCGAGCCGUGCAGCAGGAACCUGCUCUGCGCGUUCGUCCUGUCAGGUUCAGCCCAAUCCAAACUCCUGGACAGGAAUUAGAACGGAGCCGGCGCCGGGCUCUCCCACGCCGCCUUCAGCUCCUCUUUCUCCUCUGUCAUGAAAGAGCUGACAGCUACUGUAAUGAAUUUAUGUGACGCGAGUGUUUGUGUCGGAGGCGCAGGAGGGAGGAAGCGCUGGGACGUCCAUUAGCAUAACAGCCUGGUUCAGGCGUUUCUACACGUUUACGGCCUCAGCAGCAGCUCAGGAGCUGGAGGAUCGCGUCCUGCUGCGACGCUGGAGCUCUUUCCUUCGCGUGCUGAAGGUUUGUCCUCCGUCCACGCGCGUGUUUGCACGUCUCGUGUUUGACAUUGACGCCGAGCGUUGCAGCUUCAGACGGAGCGGCCCCGGCGCCGCGUCGGAUGGAGAGGGAGGUGAUGAUGGGCUCAUCAGAGACGGAGCGGAUGAAGGCGGCGCGGGUCGAAGGGCGCCGUUCAUCCGAGAGCCUCGUCGUCUCUCUCUCCUCCACCCACCUUCUCUUUAUCUUCACCCAGUUCUGUGAAAACUGCCUGGAAGCGGCGGCCGUGUGCCGCUUUAAGCAGCUUUUGAAAGCGAAAAUGAUCUGCGGCUCAUCACGGUCUGCCGUUCUUACAGGGACUCCAUGUUUCCAUCAGCAGCAGCAAAGUGAAUAACGAUUCAAAGAUGGAGAGGGAAGGUUUCUGCUGCUACACGUUUGACCUUUUACUCAGCUGGCGAUGUACUGGUAAAUAAGCGCAGAAACCUUUAAUAACGGUUCCAUUAACAGUUAUGAAGCGUCAGGCUUUGCUCGCGUGUUCAGAUCAGCGCAGGAUGAAAGCGGAGCCUCAGACGACCUGGCUCCGUUCUCCAGCCUCGGGGUAAUGAGCAGCACCUGAUGCUGCGACAGCCGCAUCGACCGACAGCCCCCGGCUUUAAUCCUGACAAAUAGCCGCCAUCGGUGCUGCUGUCGUCCUCCCGACGCUUCGCUCGCUCCUUCAGCAACAUGAAGAAGCUGCAGAUUCACUAAGGAUCCAUAUCGUCCCCAACAGGGCCCAUUACCUUAAAGACCUGCAGCUCCUCCACACCUCCAGCCAGACGAGCAGACGCAUCCUGGAGCCGCCUGUCGACCCGAAGCCUCCGUCCACGAGCGAGCCAUGGGCGCUGUGACGUCGCCGUGGAUCCAGCGUGGAGCCUGAGGAGCCGCCGAACCGUCCUGUCCCGUCGCCUCGCGUUUCACCCCGCUCUCCCAGAACCCGCUCCCGGCUGCCGCUCCACCGGGCCGACAUGGACGCCCUCUCCCAGGACUCCCUCCUGGAGUGCCAGAUCUGCUUCAACUACUACAGCCCGCGGCGGCGGCCCAAGCUGCUGGACUGCAGGCACACGUGCUGCUCCGUGUGUCUGACCCAGAUGCGCAGCAGCCAGAAGGAGAUCCGCUGCCCCUGGUGCCGCGGCGUCACCAAGCUGCCGGCGGGCCUGUCCGUCUCGCAUCUCCCCGACGACCCGGACGUCGUCACCGUGGUCGCCAUCCCCCACGCCUCGGAGCACACGCCCGUCUUCAUCCGCCUCCCCAGCAACGGCUGCUACAUGGUGCCGCUGCCCGUGGCCAAGGAGCGGGCGCUGGGCCUGCCGGGGGCUCUAGGCCUGCCCGGAGAGCUGGGCUGCCGCUUCCUGCCCGGCGGCGGCCAGCAGAAGGGCGUGGCCGUGGUGGCGCUGCCCGAGCAGCAGCCGCUGGGCCUGGCCGUGGACCUGGACGGCGUGGCGCUGGAGGCGGGCGAGGCGGAGCGGAGGGCGGCGGGGCCGGCGGGGGCGGGGAAGGGCUCCACGUGGUCGGGCGUGUGCACGGUGAUCCUGGUGGCGUGCGUGCUGCUCUUCCUGCUGGGCAUCGUGCUGCACAACAUGUCGUGCAUCUCCAAGCGCUUCACGGUCAUCUCCUGCGGCUGAGGGCGGCGGGGACCCUCCCGGACUCCUCGGCCUCGGGGCGGAGGAGGGGGCGGGACUCACCCAGGGCGUCCGAGGAGGCCGAGCAGUUUACGACCGAGUGGACCACCAACGCUCUGUUUCCUUUCAGAGACUCAAACUCCAUAUUUUCCCGUUCCUUCCUUUAUCUUUUCGCAGCGGCUGAAAGGCCGGUUUGGUCUGUGGGGCAUCAGACUUUGGACUGGAUGGAUUUUUCUCCCCCUGACCUGUGAAGUGGCCGCGACGUUGGCUGGUGGAGGAUGCCGUGAUUCGACGCUGUGUUAAAGCCCAAUCAGUUAUUGAUGUUUGAUUUGCUUUCUUUGGGGUUUUGGUCUCAGUGGACGUCACACGGCUUCUGUAUUUACAUGUGGACCAUAGUUCUUCACUUCUGAACUGAUUCUGUGCUGCAGACAGCGCCAGGAUGAGUUUAACCCCGUAUGAACUGGAGCUUCUGUCUGAUGAACGCUCCUCUGAACUCACUGAUUAACUACAGCUCCAUUAUUAAACCAUGUUUACUUUUCAGCAACAUGAAGCCAUUGUUAUUAGAAGCCGUUUCUUACGAAAGGCACCGGUGCCGCGUGGCUCUCGUGCCUUCAGCGGACCACCUCUGGAGGCUCUGCUGCAGAUCCAGGCUGAACGCUCCACGCGCUCACACACCUUUUUGUUCGUGGUUGUUUGUUCUGCUCUUCACCCUGACCCGAUCGGACCCUCGCUGGGCAGCACACACUCCAGCGCCCGCCUUUGUCGUAAUGCAUUCUUUAGUUUCGAAGCCGGGGGAGACGAGGCCGAGCAGAGCGGCGCUGUGUUUGUGUGUGUGUGUGAGUAAUGGGUCAGUAACGGGUCAGGAGUGGGCGGGCGCUGCAGGGUCCAGUUAAUGAUGGCUGCAUCGAUUUAUCUGCUGUUGAAUAUCUCUCGCAUCCGCGGAGAUGGAUGUUUGUCUUUUUUUCCACUUUUCUAAGUCGAGGCGAGCGAUUUGCCUGUUUGCAGGGAACUCUCCACAAACAGACGCACUCUUCGUGUACAGGACGAUUGUAUGUGACAUAAGCUGCAAAAGAAGAAGAGAUUCCACCAAAAUGUUGUAUAUAAAUCACAUCUAGAACGUGGACGAAGGGUUAAAAAUGUGUAUAUGCCCAAAAUGACCAUAACUCAUUCUGUAAUUUCGUUUUUUUUUAUCUCUGUGCCUAAAAUGAGUUCCUACUUUAAAUGAGUUAUUUGAAUAUUUUUGUGAUUUUGCUGUUUUUCACGCUCUCCUCUUAAUUCCAUUCUCACCAAUGGGUCUCGGCUGCUUCCCAAGGUUCCCAUGCUUGUGUGGAGGGACGUAGACGUAGGACGUAACAUUUAUUCCAUGCUCAGAAGCUCCUCACUGAGAGGCGAGUCCGGACGGGACGGGGUUCAACCUGGCUCUGGCUCAGAGGAACGCCGGCCGCGGCCCUGUACAGCGUUUUUACCGAAGCUAGAGACGUGUAGAAAAGAUGCUUGUGUCAUUUCUGUGCCUGUGUUCGUUCAAUGACGUGAAGUUGUAGUUUCCUGACGACGGCCGAUGGAACAAGCAGCUGCUGUUUUUGGUGAACUAUUAAAACAAAUGCUCUGAA